GGGAGCUCUUGCGGCGGCACGGGCGAUUGACGGCGGGGAACCCCUCACUGCUUCUCUCCCUCCCUCGGCGGAGCGCCCCGAGCCCGGCACCCCCAUGACUCUGAACCGCGGCGACAAGCUGCGCUACCUGGACAAGCGGCGCGGCAGCAUGCCCUUCUCCGUGCACCAGCAGCUGCACCGGCGAAGCAUGCCGGUGGACGAGCGGGACCUGCGGGCCGCCCUGCCGCAGGGCGAGCUCUCCGGCCUGGUGCGCUGCACCUCGUACAGCCCCGGCGAGGCGCACCGGGAGAGCUGGGCCUCCGACUCCUCCGACUCCGUCAUCUCCUCGGGCAGCGACUCCGACAGCAACCUCUACAAGGUGAUCCUGCUGGGCGAGCACGGCGUCGGCAAGACCAGCCUGGCCCGCAUCUUCGGCGGCGUGGAGGACUGCGCGGACGCGGAGGAGGCCGGAAAUACAUAUGACAGAUCAAUUAUAGUUGACGGAGAAGAAGCAUCUCUCGUGGUGUUCGAUAUAUGGGAGCAGGAUGACAGCCAAUGGCUUCAGAACCACUGUAUGAAAAUGGGAGAUGCCUAUAUUAUUGUAUAUUCAGUGACAGACAAAGUUAGUUUUGAAAAGGCCUCUGAGCUAAGAAUCCAGCUGAGAAGAGCAAGGCAAACAGAAGACAUUCCUAUUAUUCUUGUGGGCAAUAAAAGCGACCUGGUCAGGUCCCGGGAAGUCUCAGUUGAUGAGGGAAGGGCCUGUGCCGUUGUGUUUGACUGCAAAUUCAUUGAGACCUCAGCUGCCCUUCAUCAUAAUGUCAAGGACCUGUUUGAAGGUAUUGUUCGGCAAAUUAGACUUCGCAAAGACAGUAAAGAAGACAAUGCUAGGAGAAUGGCCAACACAAAAAGAAGAGAAAGCAUAGGCAAAAAAGCCAAGCGAUUCCUUGGGAGAAUUGUGGCAAAGAACAAUAAGAAGAUGGCUUUCAAAGCAAAAUCAAAGUCUUGCCAUGACUUAUCUGUGCUUUAGAAGCUUUCAGCAAGGCCAGAUGUUGCACAUGGGUGAUGAACAAGCAUUUGACUCUUAUGAGAAGAGUGUCACCAUCCUCACGGUGAUAACAAGAAUGACUUACCAAUUGAGACUCUCGUUAAUGCCUUAAGGUGCGCAAGCAAGUCUGGGAGUUAUACUACAAUGUCUGCUUCAUUGAUAAACGGUUUAAGUUUCAAUGUGUGAAAGUAAAUGAACUGACUUUAAGUAAGUGGCUUGACAUGCCCCCAUUUUCACUGUGUACAUAUGUUAUAUAUCCUCUUGUCCUGUGGAUACCAGAGAUGCAAAGAUAGGAAAAGAUGAUAAGUAUCACCAUAGACUUGUCUUGUUUGCAGAGCAAAACUUAAACUUGUACGCAGGCUCGUACACUCUUUUUAGUAUAAAGCAAGCAAUGAUAAAUCUUUUUAAACUUAAAUGUGGAGAAGGGGGAGUAGAACCACAUUAGAAUGGGAGAAAACAAAUAUAUAUAUAUAUAGUUAAAUACAGAACAGAUACCAUUUUAUGAAGUUAAUUUGCACUUCCAUUAACUGUUACUCAAUUAAUUUGUUACUUGUUUACAUGCAGAUUUUAUAAUAAAGUAUUAUUUCCUGAUAUAAUAAACUGUGCUUUUCUCAUAGUAUGGAUAUAGAAUGAGAGAGCAGUAUUUUUAUACUGACCUUUUUUCACUGUACAAAACGUUAUACACAGACUAUGCAGACUUACACGUGAUAAAGUUCUGGAACAAGAUGAAUCAGGAAUAUCCUGGGUCCUUUUCUUUAAUAGACAGUUUCUUUAAGAAGUAAACCCUGCUUUUAUGAACAUUCUACUUCAACAGCUCAUAUUGGGAAGGGGUGCCUUGACCCUUCAUAUUAUUGUUCACCUUCAACCUGGUUCUCGUCAGCUCUGGCAGGAACAGGCCUCUGUAUAAUGAUUUUACUUAGAUGUCUUGUGUCUAUACUGAUAAAUUGAAGCCUGCAAUGUUCUACUUUUUAAGUCCUCUCCUGGUUUGAAGGUCUUGUGUUACAGCUAAUAAAUGUUGGGGGUUAGUUUUUGGUUUUUUUUUUUUUUUUUUCUUUUCUGGGAGCAGUAUAAUUUUCCGAUCUACUCACAAGCUUGUAGAUACCUUCCAGUGGUUUCAAGAGGUUCAAAGCAGCCUGGCAAGGCUGUUGGAAAGAAUUGUUGGCUUCAGUUGUGGUGUAUGGUGGGCCUUCAGUGCUGUUAAAGUUUUCCUGUUCAUUUUACUGUGUUAUAAUUAAUGUGUUUCCAUGAUUUUUCUGUAUUUGCUAUUCGUGAAGUUAAAAUGGAAUCAUGUCUCAGUGAAAAACUUGGACUUACUGCAUAUGCUUUAUAAAUUCCUCUUCAUAGGAUACAUUCUCUUUAGAUUAAUCCAUAAACUCACUUCUCAAAAACAGUAAAACAUAUGCUCUUCUGUCUCUUUCUACUGUCCCUGCCUGAGUCCAGUUCUUUCUUCAGGAAGGUUGUUCCAGCUGCCUAGGAGCUCUGUUUGUCCAUAAUGUUAUAGGGGCUGACCUUUCCCAAACAGCAGGCAAAUUGCAUCAGCUGUUACACCUUACAUUGAGCUUCCCUGUGCUCAAACAAACACCUCUCCAUUGGGCUAGCCCAGUGCAUGGGCACUCAUCAGGGAACAGUUAGUACUGGGGGAAAUUGCAUCUGAUUUGCAUAGGCAAUGCUCUGUAGAAUUAGUGUCUCUUGAUGUGCUGCUGGUGGACCUAACUGGUUAGAUGCACAGUUUAGCAUAUGUUGCUGGUAGCCGGUUACUUUGUGUCCUGAGUGAAGUCUAAAGUGAAUAAUCCUGCCCUGCUGUCAAAACUCAGGUUUACCUGAUGAUACGUUUUAAUUGGAUUUGUCUUUUUUUCACUAGUCUUGCUUCCUGGCAAACUAUUAUCACUGGAACAUCUAACCAUUGUCAGAGUAUGGCACCAAGCAUCUAUUUACAUGAGAGCUUUUAACUGUCAACACCAAAGCAAUUGCUCUAGUCCUGAAAACUCUACAGCAAGAGUGUCCAAAUUCAUGUGCAUAAAUUUGGCACAUACCUAUUCAUGCAUAUGCUAAAGUUACUGGCAAAGCUACAUGGUGUUGCCUGUACAUUUGCAAAGCUUCUGUCUUUUGUUUGUCCCGUGCUUUCAAAAUGACCAGGAGAGGACUGACGUGCUUGAUUGACUUGUGAGAUUUAGUUCUGUCCAUAAUAAAUACAAGGAAUGGGGUGUUUUAAGAUAUGGCAUUUCACAAAGUGCAAAAUGUUACAAAGGUGUCACUCUUAAUGCUGCAACAUAACUGCAUCAUCAAAGCCUCUUCAAAGUCAUGGUUAACAGCUGUGCUUUUUGCACACUCUGACCUACAAAGCAGAUGUUUUACUGUGUUCAUUAAUUCAAAGGUUAGGUUUGGACAACUCCUAAGCCUAAAAUAUUUCUGAGGUGCUCUAGAGCGUUGCUAGAGGUUCAUUUAAACUGUGGAAAAUAAUUUGUAUUUUGAAAGUAUGUUAUGUAGGACAUGGUGAGACAAGAAACUGUGAAUCACUCUAAAGA